AUUUGGGUUACUGACUGUUGUUUUAAGACAUUUUAAGACCAAAACAGUGAACCUGUCUUUUAAUGCUGCUAGGCUAGCUAGUAGCCUAAUUAAUUGUCUAUUGUAUAAUUUCCCAAGUCCAAAACUGUUCAGUAAAAACAGUUUAACCUUCAGUACCGGAAUUACGACAUUUAACGCCUGUUGUUGGCCUCUGUCAACAACUGGGUUAAUUUAACGUUUUAUGUUACCUAGGUUACAGAUUAAAGGUUCGUGUUACCUUGGUCACCUGUUUUGGCGGUUGAAAUACUGACGUCUUCCCUACAGAAAUGGCGAGAGUCACCUGUCAAGCGGCCAAGAAAUAUGGUGUCACAGAAUAUCAUGUUAGAAGAAUAUGACGAGACUCGAAAGACUCAAACAGUCUACUUGUCUCGAGACCGCUGCCAAAAAGCUGGGAGAGACUAAUUUACUAAAACAAAAUGUAUUACCACACUAAGGUUACGUCCUGCACCCCCGCCCCCCAGCACCCCCCUCCCUCACCUCUCAGCAUCAUCCUCACCCUCCAGCCCCCACCAGACUCUUCCCCUCGCUCACACCGGUAGUUGUCAUGGCGAUGGAGUCAGCACCGGCGUCGGCUCCAGGGGUUGUUGCCAUGGAGAUCUCGGUGCGAGGUGCGCUCCCGGUAGUGGAGGAAGACGAGGGCUUCAGCGCGCCGCUGCCGGGGUCCGAGGAGCGACUACUACGGUACCGCCGAGGUGGUGGAGGACGGCGACGCGGGCUCCCGUUCAACCGCGGCUGCUACUACAUGCUGAUAGUGAUCGGGGAGAUCGGCACAGAGCACCAGCUGGACAGCGCCAGAGCGCAGAUAGAGCGGGGAAUUCGAUCCUGGGACGUCGACCUCAACUGCUGCGACCUUGAUCAGCAGCUGCAGCUGUUUAUAACUCGUCACUCCGCCAACUUCUCCUCCGAGGUCAGAGGACAGAGGACUCUCCACCACAGAAGUGAUGUCCUAGACACUGUGGUGCUUGUCAACCCUUCACAAGACACUGUUGUAUCAGAGAUCCAGUCUCUUGUCACAGACUCAGCAGGACACAAGCUUCUGGUCUUGAGUGGCCAGAGCUCAGAUCACGGUGGCCUUCUUCUUCAAACUGGGGUUUUCACCUACCAGACCUUUUCAAGUAUCUUUGCUGAUCCUGGGGUCAGUGAAUUACUGGGAACAACAGCCCCCAAGCAGCAGGCAACACUUACUGUGUCCUGCCGCGGGGAGGUGGGCUGGAGCUCCCUGGGACAACAGCAGACCCUGCGGGAGUUCCUGGAAUACAAACUAAACCCUGAGCCUGUUCUCACCAAGAUGGAGGGCGUCACCGAGUUCACAGAGUACAUCUCUGAGACGGUGGACGUCCCUUCACCGUUUGACCUGCUGGAGCCACCUACCUCCGGAGGUUUCCUGAAACUGUCCAAACCAUGUUGCUACAUCUUUCCUGGCGGACGAGGAGACUCCGCUCUCUUUGCUGUCAAUGGCUUCAACAUCCUCGUGGAUGGAGGCUCUGAACGAAAAUCCUGCUUCUGGAAGCUGGUCCGUCACCUGGACCGCAUUGACUCGAUUCUACUCACACACAUCGGCGCUGACAAUCUCCCAGGUAUCAAUGGGCUUCUUCAGAGGAAGAUAGCAGAACAAGAGGAGGAGCAGUCUCAAGGCUCCACCAACUACAGCGACUGGAUGAAGAACCUGAUCUCUCCAGAACUAGGUGUGGUGUUCUUCAACGUACCAGAGAAGUUACGUAUGCCAGAAUCUAAUCUCAAAGUGAAACGCAGCAUCGAAGAGGCCUCACUUACUUUGCAGUACCUUAACAAACUGGGAAUCAAACCAGAACCACUGUUUCGAGUGGUCAGCAACACUAUUGAGCCCAUUACUCUGUUCCACAAGAUGGGAGUGGGCAGGUUAGACAUGUAUAUUCUCAACCCUGUCAAAGACAGUAAAGAGAUGCAGUUUUUAAUGCAAAAAUGGGCCGGCAACAGCAAGGCCAAAACCGGUAUUGUGCUGCCCAACGGGAAAGAAGGAGAAAUAUCUGUGCCCUACCUGACAUCGGUUACAGCCUUAGUCGUCUGGCUUCCCGCCAACCCUGCAGAAAAGAUCGUCAGAGUGCUGUUCCCUGGGAAUGCACCACAAAACAAGAUCCUGGAGGGACUAGAGAAAUUAAAGCACCUUGACUUCUUGCGCUAUCCUGUAGCCACACAAAAGGACAUUGCUUCAGGAGCUCCUCCCUCUGUUAUAAAACAGACAAAGUUAAAACAAAGAACAGACAGCAAAGAGAGUCUUAAAUCCUCCCCGAAGACUACUGCAAAGAUCUCAAAGAAAGAAACUGAAGGACAAGAUGAUACAUCAGUCACCACAGAGGCAAAGAGUGACUCUGUGAAGGAAAAUAUAUCAGAGAAAAAAGAGGAGAAAAAGCCUACCAAAACCAUAAAAUCUAAAACUGAUGUGCCAGAGAAAAAGAAACUCCUGAAAGAAAAAUCCAUAAAAAAGCACUCCAAGGAAAGGGUGUCAAAAAUGGAUGAGAAAAAAGACAAAGAAAAGAAAGAGAUCAAAAAAGUAAAGAAAGACGACUCUAAAAAAGAUGAUAAGAAAGAUGUUAAAUCCAAAGAGGACAAAAAGAAGGACACAUCCAAACCUGAGCUGAGAAAAAUGACAAAGCCUGACCUGAAACCACUUACACCAGAGGUCAGAAAGACAUUACAUAAAGCUAAAGUGUCAAGCAAAGCCAAGACUGGAAAAAUCAAAGCAGCAAAGGCUGAACCUGCUGAACCGAAGCCAGAGGAGCCAAAACCAGAAAUUAUUCAACCUGAACCAUUACAAAACGGAGCUGUUGAGGGCAUAUCUGCUCCCUCCACACCUGAAGACCUCACCAAGGAUUUUGAAGAAAUGAAAAAAGCUGAAGUUGUAGCUGUAUCAGCAGAGCCACCAGACACUAGUGAGGUUUCAUUGGAGCCAAUAGCACAAAUUGAAGAGAAGCAGGAAGCACAAGAAACUAUAUCUGAAAUCCAACCUGGCACAAAGUCUCCUGAAAAAGAAGUAUCAGAAGUGAAAGCUGAAGAUGAGGCCGAAUAUGAAGACAAAGACAAGAAGUUGACACAAGAGAGAGAAAUGGAAGAGGCUCAAAAGUUUGAGGAUGAGGGAGCCGCAUCUCAGGAUGAGGAAGAAUUGGAAGAAGAAGAAGAGGCGGCUCCAACUGCUGAAAGGAAAACAGAAGAGGAAGAGGAAGAAGAUAUGGGGAUCGGAGAGGAGGAAGAUGAAUCGAAGGAGGCAAAGGACGAUGGGCUUGACAGGAAACAUGAGAUAGAAGAAAUGGAGAAAUCAGAAAUUCUUGCUGCUAAGAUUGAGACAAAACAAGAGCAACAAAUUACUCCUUCCAAGGAGCAGGAAGAGGAAGAAGAGGAGGAAGCUGUGGAGAAAGCUGAACUGGAGGAGGUGGAAGAUUUAGACGUGAUAGCAGAUGAAGAGAUUAAAGUCAAACCUGAAGAUGCAGCUGAAGAACAAAUGGUCACUGAGAUCAAAACCACUGACAUUCUGACUACAGCCAAAGAUGAGGAGGAAGAGGAGGAGGAAGGCUACCUGUCACAUGUGGGAGGCGCCACAGCCCCCAUAACCUCAGUAGCGCAAGGUGCUGCUGCAGCAGAACCCAUUUCCUACAUCCAAGAUGAGACCAUUCCCGGCUACUCUGAGACAGAGCAGACCAUCUCUGACGAGGAGAUUCACGAGGAGGCAGAGGAGCGGAUACCACACCUUCAAUAUGAUGUCGGUACCUACGACAUCUCCGUUCCAGAUCAGACGGAAUCAUUUGUAAACAUUCACGGCAUGAGGGAGAUGCAAGCUGCAGCCGAUAAAGGUUUUAUUCCUGGUGUGCAGGAGCAAGUAUCUGUAUUUACCAACAUCAUCACGGCUCCUCUGGCAGAGGAAGAGCACGUGUCUUCUGCAACGUCCAUCACAGAGUAUGACAAAAUUUCCUCUUUCCCUACUUCUAUCGCUGAAGAUCAAUCUGUGGCAUCUGUCGCAGCUCCUCCAGCUGAGGAACCAGCCAAAACUACUCUUCCCGUGUCAACAACACCUGAUGCUACCCUCGGCAAAGAGCAACCUCUCUCUGCAGGAACACUUUCACCACCUUCUUUAGAAGAUGACAAACAACCCAAGUCUCCAGCUGAUGACUUACAGCUUCCCAUUGCAGAAGUGAAGACAGCUGCUAAGGGUCCUGAGGCUCAUGAUGAGGAGGAGGAAGAAGAAGAGGAGGAGGAAGAAGACCAAACUCCUAAUGUUGACAUCUCACUUGAAAAACUCCAGGAGGGCUAUGCUUCAUUCCAAAUAUUACAGAGCAAAGAGACAGACAUCGAAAAGCUUGCUGUCUCUGCAACUCCUGUUUCAAAGGCUGUAGAAGACACCAAACCAGUCCACCUACCAGUUGAAGAGGAGAAUAUAGAUGCAGUUGCACCUAAAGACAUUUCAUCAGUUGUGCCUACUAGACCUUUUGGAUCAGACUCAGUAACUUCAGAGAGUGAGGAGCGUUGCUUUAGUCCGGAUGAUAUCACUGUGAAAAUGGCUUCCCCUACACACUCUGGACCACCGAGUGCACCUCAUUCCCCACUCCGUCAGUCACCAGUGGAAGAAAAGAUGAAAGCUUUUCCUGACUUGGAGCUGCAAAAGAAAGAGGAGCUCCCUGAUGUUGUCACUAAAACUGAAGAUAAAACCCUAAAGAAAGAUGAAGCGGAGACAGAGGAACAAAAAGAUGUCGACAAACAGAAAGCAGAUCAGCAUGAAAUAAAAGUUUCAACAUCUUUGGAGAAAACAUUUGACAAGGACAUAAAAGAAGUUCCACUGAUGAAAGAGGCAGACAAAGUCACUUCCCCAGCACCAGAAGAUGUGGUCAAACAGACAGAAACAACAUCUGUUGUUGCUGCAUCUUUAACAGAAGUUCAACCACCCGAGUUAGAGAGGGAUUCUCUCAUCUCAUCUGGAAAAACUGAUGAAGACAUAGAUAAAGAGAAAGAACCUAAAGUGCCUGCUCAGGGUAAAUUUCCAGAGAAGGACAGUCGUUUCCUGGAUGAUGGUGAUGACAAGAAAGAUGAUGACGAUGAUCAUGAUGAUAAAUCUGCAGUUAAAACCAUCAAGGCGGAACAGGAAAAAGAGACAGAAAAGGACGAUACCUCUGAUGUCAAACAAAUCAAGGAUGAGCAGAAACAGAAAUCUGUCAUCCCGGAAGAUGUUUCUGCCGUUAAGUCCAUCGUGGAUGAGAAAGCAGAGAAAGAGGCAGUAAUAGAUGAUACCUCUGAUAUUAAACCUGUCAAAGAAGAGCAAAUUGCAAGAGACACUGUCGGCGUUGAUAAAGCCAUUAAAGAUGAACAGAAAGAGUUUGAAAAGGACCUUACUCCUGAAGUUAUAACUUCUAAAGAGGAAAUUGUUGCUUCUGAGGACAAACAGAUCAAAGAUGAGCAGAAGCAGAAAGAUACAAAACAAGACGAGGAUUUUGACCUCAAAACCAAAGGUGACAUUAAGGAGAUGGAGGAUAAAAAGGAUGUUGUGUCUGAUAGUAAGAUUAUGAAAGAGGAGGAGAAGAAAGUGGCAGAAAAGGAUUUUACUUCUGAUAUUACCUCUAUAAAACCUGAAGAGAAGGAAAUCGAAAAGGUCCACACCACAGACGUCAAGCCUGUUAAAGACGAGAUGGAGAAAGAGGCUAUCUCAGUUACAAAGCCUAUUGAAGAGGAGAAGAAAAAGGAGCCAGAGAAGGAUGAAACAUCUGAUAUCACACUGAUCAAAGAUAAGGAGGAGAAAGAGAUAGAAAAGAUAGAUACUGCUGGUACCAAGCCUGUCACAGAUGAGCAGAAGGAAAAGGAGAAAGAGGUGGGUGAUACCACUGUAGCUAAACUCACCGAAGAAGAAAUGAUGAUUAAGGAUGAUACAUCUGCUGUUGCGCAUACCAUGGCAGAAGAAAAGGAACAAGAGAUUAGUAAAGAUGCUAUCUCAACAAUUAGCCUCACUGAUGUGGAAGAAAAGGAUGUAACAAUAAGUAAAGAUGAGAUUCUUGCUGUCAAGCCAACAACAGAGCAAGAAAAGGAGAAAGAGAAAGAUGAUAGCAUUGACGCCAAACAUGCCAAGGAACAGGACAAAGAUGUGAUGACAAGUAAAGAGGAGGCAUAUGCUUUCAAAACUAGUAUAGAAGAAGACAAGAAGGACGACUCGAGUAAAGAUGUUGCUGCUGCUAUUAAACCUACCAAGACAGAGGAAAUAGAUGUUCUGCCAAGUAAGGAAGAUACUUCUGCUGUUAAACCAACAGUCAGCGAAGAUAAGGAACAAGAGGAAGGUAAAGAUGAUACUUCUGACAUCAAACUUACCAAGACAGAAGAAAAAGAUGUUCUGCCAAGUAAGGAAGAUACUUCUGCUGUUAAACCAACAGUAGACAAAGAAAAGGAACAAGAGGAAAGUAAAGAUGAUACUUCUGACAUCAAACCUACCAAGACAGAGGAAAAAGAUCUUCUACCAAGUAAAGAAGAUAUUUCUGCUGUUAAACCAACAGUCGAAAAAGAAAAGGAACAAGAGGAAAGUAAAGAUGAUGCCAUCAAACCUACCAAGAUAGAGGAAAAAGAUCUUCUACCAAGUAAAGAAGAUAUUUCUGCUGUUAAACCAACAGUCGAAAAAGAAAAGGAACAAGAGGAAAGUAAAGACGAUGCCAUCAAACCUACCAAGACAGAGGAAAAAGAUGUUCUACCAAGUAAGGAAGAUACUCCUGCUGUUAAACCAACAGUUGACAAAGAUAAGGAACAAGAGGAAAGUAAAGACGAUACUUCUGCCAUCAAACCUACCAAGAUAGAGGAAAAAGAUCUUCUACCAAGUAAGGAAGAUACUUCUGCUGUUAAACCAACAGUUGACAAAGAAAAGGAACAAGAGGAAAGUAAAGACGAUGCCAUCAAACCUACCAAGACAGAGGAAAAAGAUGUUCUACCAAGUAAGGAAGAUACCUCUGCUGUUAAACCAACAGUCGAAAAAGAUAAGGAACAAGAGGAAAGUAAAGAUGAUACUUCUGCUAUCAAACCUACCAAGAUAGAGGAAAAAGAUGUUCUGCCAAGUAAGGAAGAUACUUCUGCUGUUCAACCAACAGUCGAAAAAGAUAAGGAACAAGAAGAAAGUAAAGACGAUGCCAUCAAACCUACCAAGACAGAGGAAAAAGAUGUUCUACCAAGUAAGGAAGAUACUCCUGCUGUUAAACCUACAGUCGAAAAAGAUAAGGAACAAGAGGAAAGUAAAGACGAUGCCAUCAAACCUACCAAGAUAGAGGAAAAAGAUCUUCUACCAAGUAAGGAAGAUACUUCUGCUGUUAAACCAACAGUCGAAAAAGAUAAGGAACAAGAGGAAAGUAAAGACGAUGCCAUCAAACCUACCAAGAUAGAGGAAAAAGAUCUUCUACCAAGUAAGGAAGAUACUUCUGCUGUUAAACCAACAGUCGAAAAAGAUAAGGAACAAGAGGAAAGUAAAGACGAUAUUUCUGCCAUCAAACCUACCAAGAUAGAGGACAAAGAUGUUCUGCCAAGUAAAGAAGAUACUUCUGCUGUUAAACCAACAGUAGACAAAGAUAAGGAACAAGAGGAAAGUAAAGAUGAUGCCAUCAAACCUACCAAGAUAGAGGACAAAGAUGUUCUGCCAAGUAAAGAAGAUACUUCUGCUGUUAAACCAACAGUAGACAAAGAUAAGGAACAAGAGGAAAGUAAAGAUGAUGCCAUCAAACCUACCAAGAUAGAGGAAAAAGAUGUUCUACCAAGUAAGGAAGAUACUUCUGCUGUUAAACCAACAGUUGACAAAGGUAAGGAACAAGAGGAAAGUAAAGACGAUACUUCUGCCAUCAAACCUACCAAGAUAGAGGAAAAAGAUGUUCUGCCAAGUAAGGAAGAUACUUCUGCUGUUAAACCAACAGUUGACAAAGAUAAGGAACAAGAGGAAAGUAAAGACGAUGCCAUCAAACCUACCAAGAUAGAGGAAAAAGAUGUUCUACCAAGUAAGGAAGAUACUUCUGCUGUUAAACCAACAGUCGACAAAGAUAAGGAACAAGAGGAAAGUAAAGACGAUGCCAUCAAACCUACCAAGAUAGAGGAAAAAGAUGUUCUACCAAGUAAGGAAGAUACUUCUGCUGUUAAACCAACAGCUGACAAAGAUAAGGAACAAGAGGAAAGUAAAGAUACUUCUGCCAUCAAACCUACCAAGAUGGUUGAAGAGCAUAUGAUAAUAUCUAAAGCUGAUGAUUUCUCUGCUACACCAACCAAGGUAGAAGAAAAAGAGACACUUAAGGAUGCUGCCAAACCAGUCAUGGAAUCAGAAAAGGGACAAGAGGCUAGUAAAGAUGUCAUUGGUGCUGUCAAACCCAUCAAGAUGGAGGAAGAGGACAUAAUGAUGAGCAAAGAUAUAUCCGCUGUCAAAACAUCUGAGGAUAAACUGAGCAUAAAGGAUGAUAUUUUUGUUGCUAAACCCAUCACACAAGACGAGAUGGAGAAAGAAAUCUAUAAAGAUGUUUCUGCUGUCAAAUCAACAAUAGAAGAAAAAGACAAAGCAGUGGAUAAGGAGGAAACCUUCGCUGUCAAACCAUCCAAGGAGGAAGAAGUGACAAUUCAGGAUCACAGUGCUCCUAUCAAAUCCAUUGUGGAGGAAAAAGACACAGUAACAAUUAAGGAUGAAAUUUCUGAUAUCAAACCUGCCAAGAAAGAGGAAAGCAAAGACACCACUUGUAUAAAACCAAUUACAGACGAGGAGAGGGUCGAAUUGAAAGAUGUUACAUCUGAUGUAAAACUCAUCAAGGAGGAGGCAAAGGAAACACAGAAAGAUGAAACUUAUGAUGAACAACAACAACUUGAGGUUAAAGAUGAGAAAAUGGAAAAAGAGAAAGAAAAGAGUGAUAUCUCUGAUUCUGUAUCCAUUAAGGAGCAGAAAGAAAAAGAUGUAGACGAUACUUCUGUCAAAACCACAAAGGAUGACAAAGAGGCGGAAAAAAGUGACAUUUGUGACAAGGAGAUUGUAAUGCAGCAGGCUAAAGAGCCAGAAAAAAGUGACACCUCUGACUACAAACCCAUUUUGGAAGAAGUUAAAGAGAAAGAGAUUGAAAAAGAUGACACAAAAACUGUUGAACAUCCCAAGGAUGUGAAAGAGAAAGAGCAUAAAGUUGAAACUGUCGCAGAGGAAAUGAAAGAUGCGGUCAAGCAGAGCAGUCAUGAAGCCGAAUCCAUCAAAGAAGAAGACAAGGGAGAGCCUAAAGUUGGUGUAUGUGGCACAGACUCCAUUUUAGGACAGGAGAUAGAAAAGGAAAUGUACACUCCCACUAAAGAUGAGAUUAAAGGGAAAGAUGAUUAUUCUUUUGAGUCUGAAGUUAAGACAAGUGAUAAAAAAGAGGUAGAUCUUCCCGUAACUCAGACCUUGGAGGACGAAAAGACUAAAAAGGAUGAUAUUUGUGAGGUUAGUGACAAGCAUAUACAUGAAGAAACCUCUGAUAAGCUUGCUGGAGCUCAGAAAGAGCAGGAAACUUCUGGUGCUGCAGCAGUAGAAAUGCAGAAAGACUCUUAUUUAACACCAUUUGAAGACCUGAAACCAGCAAAAGAAGGCAUAUGUGUCGCUCUCUGCCACACCCAGGAGGAGAAAAAAGAAGAUAAAGAAGCAAAGGUCAUUGUUAGUCAAGAUGAGAAGACGGAGAAGGAAAAAGAUGACGCACAUGUUGCUGAACUGAGCAAAGAACAGAAAAUGGAAAAAGAACAAGAAAAAGAGUAUGAGACUGAAGAUAUCAAAGACGAAAAGACAAAAUCAGAACAAGAUGAAAAAGUAAUCAAAGAAAUUGGUAUUUCUGACGUGAAGACAGAGGAGAUCAGUGAGAAAGAAAAGUACGACUCCUCAGAUGCCAAAGAGGAAAAAUGGGAGAGAGAGGAGCUACAAGAGAAAGACCUGGACAAAACCGCCAAACAACCGGCACCGACAAUAACAGCAGAAGCAGCGAUGGCAUCCAAGCCAGAUUACAAGCCUGCAUUUGUGGUUCACUCCUCCGAUGAAGACAGGGAAGAAGAGGAGGAGGAGUACAUUUGUAUGGGAGGGGCAGGCUCCAGACCUUUGUCAGUAGAGCCAAGAAAAUCAGACCAUGACAUCUCCUCUGCAGGCCUGCCACCACCCCAAACUCCACAGACAAGUGAGCCAACACCUGGACAGACAACAGUGAUCAUACCUACACUAACAAUGCAGGAGCCCUCUAUUGACGAAGACUUCAAAGAGCUUGGAAAAGAAGAAUCCAGACUUUCACCUGGAGCUGACAAAGAUGUUGUGAAAACUGAAACUACGCCUACACCUCUUGCCAAGCUGGAACCGUCCUUUGAUAUUGUCACAUCAAAAGAGGAGACGGCCCCUAUUCCAAAACAAGAACCAGCGUCUGAUGUCCCAGCUGCUAAGGCAGAACCAGUGUCAGACUCAACAGACAAAAAGCCAGUGUUGUCAGCAGUACCGAGUACUGACAGUCAACCCAGAAGCUGUACACUUUCAAGCACUGAGAGCCAGUCCAGUGUAGAGGAAACACCACAACAGAUACCGUCUCACAUCAGCUCAGGAGUCAUUCCUAAAGAAAUGACAAAGAUGGAUGAGAAACCAGGCAAGGAGGCAGAGAGGGAGAUGGAAGGAGAACGAGAGGUGGCUUCUCCAGGAUUAUCACAGCCAUGUUCAUAUUUUAUGUUGGACAAAGACUCUGAGGAUGCCAGCCAUGCUGACGUUGAAAAAUCAGACUCUGCAAAAAAGGAAAGUGGUGAUAAAAUGACCCCAGAGAAGGAGACAAGCAGUGGAAGCCCACAAGAUGAAAAGCAAACCUUUGGUGCAUCUAAGUAUGAUCCAUAUGAAAAACCCAUCCUGAGAGAUCAUGAUCUGGACUCAAGAGAAGAAAGUGAGGUUUCUCUUGGUUUUGAUCAUACUUCAGACAUCGGCAUUGAUGAUAACAGGAGGACAAGCCAGACAGAAGCUGGAGGAGCCAUGUUCCUCCUGGACGAUCAUUACAAAGAAGAGCCACUGUCCUUCAGCAGAGUCGACUACAGCCCAGUGUCCCUCACAGAGAGUGAAAGAAGCAGCCAUCACAGUCGAAGUGCCUCCCCAAAAUAUGAAGACAGAGAGAAAGGCCAAGAAGAAGAGAGUGAGAGAGAAGAAAGACCAGAUACACCUUACGUGGACAAGAGCUUUUCGUCCAUAGACAUGCAAGACAACAAAAUGUCCCAAGCAGCAGAGUCUUUCUCUUGUGGUCCAAAAGAGGACAAACCAGAGAAAUCAGAGAAAGAGAAAGAGGAUGUGAUUGGCGCUUCAGCAGGAGCAACAGGAGAAAGUGAUCAAGUUUCUACCAGCGCUACUGUUCAUUCAACAGGCCUAUCAUUAAGACAAGAAACACACCCUCCCUCAUGGAGCCAAUCUCCAGAUCUCACCACUCAAGCUUCAGCUUCUCCUGUAGCGUUUGGAGAAUUCACAGAAAAGAAAGCAGCAGAAAAAGAGAAGGACAAAUGUGCUGAGUCAAUGAAGGACAAGAUGGAGUCCUCUGAUAAAGAGGGCUCUCCCUCUGGUCGGUACUCACCAGCAGAAAAAGACAUUUUACCCCAACAAGCACCACCUUGUGAACGUGAAGAAACAGCGACUGAAUCAAGAACAGCCCCUGUCCCCACAUUUUUAGGACGUGAUGUAGAUAAUAAUGUUCUUGCCUCUGACAAUAGUCAGAUAAGCAGCUCUGCCACUUGUAAAUCCAUGUUAGACUUUCCUGAAGGAAAAGAAAGCCUCAUAGAUAAAAGGUUACUUGUAGAGGGGGAAGAUUUCAAUGUUGAUGAUGAUGAUGAUGACGAAGAUGAGGAUGAGGACGAGGAGGAAGAAGAGGAAUUAAGUGAUGUAGAUAUGGAGAAAGGUGCCAGAGAGCAGUCUGAAAAAGAAAUGUGCAGACGUAGCUCAGAUGAUGGUGCUACGAUAGCAGAGUUAGAGGACUCAAAUAAAAAAUCUCCCGAAUCAAGUUUCCUUAAAGAGGAAACCAUCUGUAGAGCUACACCUGAUGACACCUCAGCUUCUAAAGUUGCAGACAAGCAGGACGUGAGUAAAAAAUCACCAUCUUCUGAAACAAAGCCUCUUGAAAAGGAAGAUAAAGAUGAGGGUACUCCUGUUGGUGCAACAACAUCCAAACUUCCUGAGGCAAAGAUUGAGGAUGCAAGCAAAACAGCUCCAAGUGCUCUCAAAAUGGACGACAGCUGUUUGGCUCCAUCAGAUGCAACAGAAUUUCCUGAAACAAAGAAAGCAGAUGACAAAGACACAAUGCAUUUGUCUCCUGAACCAACAACAACAACAACGAGAAGGUUAUCGUUUGUUGAGGAUGUCACCUCCUCUGAAGUAGAAAAGUCAAAGAAAGGAGAUGAAGACAAAAUGUCUCUAUCACCAGAACCAAGCGUUUUGACAAAGGAACCUUCUCAAGCAAUGGCCACAAGCAGCUUGACUGGCAGCUUUGUGCCAUCUGACCGUGCAGAGUCCAUGCCCAAGCCGACAUCUAGUCCUUCCCCUCCGAUAACAGGAGGCUAUGCUGAUAUCGGACAGAGCAGAUCUGGUGGAUAUUCUGAUCAUUUUUACAGCGAGGACAGUCAAGUAGGAUCGAAGGAUGAUAAGAAAGAAACCUUUGUGCUUUCAGGCGCCUCCCAAGAAUCCAAGUUAAGCGAUGAUAAAUAUUACCAAAGAGACAUCCGAGAAGAACAUCUGGAUGAGAGGCAGACCCCAGAUAUCACCGCAAAACAUGAGGAAACUACCUCAUCAGCGUGCACAUACACAACCUUGACAUACUCUUCUUCAACUUUUUCCACCACAUCUUACAGUUACUCGUCGUCUGCCUCAACUUCUGUACCUUUGAGCCAACAGUUUGGAGACAAAGUUGAAACGUUCACGCCAAUAUCAAGCUCCUUUGCUAAAGAGGAGCCAUCGUUCACGACUGAGUCUACAAGCUCAGGCUCUGGAGGCCUUCAGAGAGACGAGUACAUGGAGGUGACGACGAAACCUGCCACAAAAGUGUCUUUACCAAGUCAGUUUGACGAGACCAAACCGUCAUCUCCAGUCUUGUCUACCACUGCCAAACAGAUUGCGGAUCAAAGCGGUUGUGCUAAGCCAGAAACGGACACAAAAUCAAGCACUGAUAGUUUUUAUAUGCUAGAAACUAAGAUUUCAACAUCCGCCGCUGCACCAUCUCCACAAAGUACCGACCUGGUAAAACUGGCAGAGAGUUUAUCCACGUCAGAGGCUCACUUUGAUGUCUCUCCCCUCCAAAGGGCUGACUCCUCUGACAGGGGGUCCCAAGACUCAGCAGAAGACGAGGAGCCUGAUGAUCUUGAAAUGGAGGACAGCACCCUACCAUGUCGUAUUGAAUGUCAAAAAGUGGCUGAGCAAAAGGAAACUUUUUCGUCAAUAACUGAGUCAUGUGUUGUAGAAAGUACCACACACACCACAGAGACAAAGACAGUCACCAUGACCUCUACUACUGUUGCGUCUAAACCUGAAGUGGUGGUGCAAACAACUCAACAGACAGCCUCAGUCACUCCACCAAGUGAUAGUGGAGCUAGGGAAACCUUAUGUGCCAUAACAGACCUGCCCAAAACAGCAGAGGACAAAGAGAAAAAGGAGAAAACACCUGAGUUAAAAGAGGAAAAGACGGAUGGAGCUAUUGCACCUCUUAAGGAAGACACAAAGGUGUCAGAAAAAGAAACAAGUGAAAAACAUGAAAAGACGGAGACUACGAAAGACACUGAAGUCAAGCAGAAAAUAGAAACUAAACUGGAGGAGGAGAUGUGUAAAGAAAGUGCAGAAGAGAAGAAAGUGACAACUGAUCUUAAGAUGAGUGAAGAAAUAGAAGUUGGAAAGGAAGCAGAGGCAGACAAAGUAGAGGAGAAAAGCUUGUUGGACAAGCCAUCAGAGAGAUUAGAGGUAAGGAGAAGGAGCAGUAUAUCUGACUGGGAGCUACUACAGAGGCCUGACGAUUGUCCAAGUGCCCCGCCGCCAGGUUAUGGUGAUGAUGAUGAUGAGGAGGAGGAAGCAAUGGAAGCGAUGGAAUGGAUGGCCAGUGUCCACAGUACCUCCUCAAAGGAGACAUAUCACACAGACGUAUUACGCAAAGGAGAUGUAAAGGCUGAUCGUCCCUCUGACUUGCCCGCUGGAGCCACCUCCUUCUCUUCCUCCCCUCCAGGUUACUCCUCCUGCGAAUAUAAACAUCGCAAAGGCGAACUGUCUCCAUCCUUCAUCAACCCCAGUCCCCAUCGGCUCUCCAGUGACGAGGGUGAGGAGGAAGGCCGUAGCGACCACUCCCAAGAAGGGGACGAGGACGAGCAUGAGCAACACUCUGUGAAAAGGAGGUCGCACAAGCAGAGGCGCCACCACACUCAGAGUUACCAUGGAGACGCUGGACAGGGGCCACACCAGUUGUCCGGUGCCACGUCGUCUGGGAUGGGUGUGACGUUAGCUGGAGAGGAAACACCUCCGACAUCAGUGAGCGAGUCGCUGCCUUCACAGUCAGAUUCUGACGUCCCUCCAGAAACCGAGGAGUGUCCGUCCAUAACAGCUGAAGGAAAUCUGGACUCAGACGAAGACGCUGAACAUCUGCCGGUGGACAAAUUGUCUGCUUCUGGAGCUGGAGGGGGCCACCAUCCCCCAUCACCGAGGUCAGCUCAGAAGACUCACGAUCCCCUCCCAACCCCAAUGAAGGACCCUCAUCCCCACCCUCCCCACCCAGAUGUCUGCAUGGUAGAUCCAGAGGCUCUCCUCAAUGACCACGGCAGCACGGAGAAACUUGCCAAGAAGGAGCACAAGACCACCAAGGGACUUAGAAAGGGCAAACCCAAAUCGGCCUCUCCUGCUCGAAAGGGAGAAGUCAGGAAGAGGUCUUCCACUCCAGUGAAGCAGGCUUCCAAGGACUCCGCCUCACCUCGAUCAGCCUCGCUCAGGAGGAAGGACACAGAUAAAAGCUCCAGGCUUAUCAAGAUGUCUGAGACUCAAGGUUCAAGGAGUGAAAUCCUCAACCCUGGCAAAGGCUUGGUCAAUGGAGUGAAGAGCAGUCCAGGUAACAACUCACAGAAAACUAGUUCAGCCGUCCCUCCCGGACCACCCGUCUAUGUCGACCUGGCCUACGUGCCCAAUCACUGCAGUGCCAAGAACGUGGACCAGGAAUUCUUCAAGAGAGUGCGAGCUGCGUACUACGUGGUGAGCGGGAACGACCCAAGCAGCGGGGAGCCCAGCCGUGGAGUCCUAGACGCCCUGCUGGAGGGCAAAGCUCAGUGGGGCUCCAACUUACAGGUGACACUGAUCCCGACCCACGACACGGAGGUGACCAGAGACUGGUACCAGCAGACCCACGAGAGGCAACAGGACCUUAACAUCAUGGUCCUGGCCUCCAGCAGCACCGUAGUCAUGCAGGACGAGUCCUUCCCUGCCUGCAAGAUCGAGUUCUGAGCUUCAUGAGCUCCGCUGUGCCCCCUCCCCCCCUCACCCGCCCAUCCUCCCCCUCCCCGUCAUCUGUUCACACUGGAGGUAGA